AUGUCCAGCUCCUUUCGUGAAAGCUCCAUUAGACAGUGCACACUCAGAGAAUCUAUGUUUGCUAUGAUCUCUAAAUGUCAAUUUGCCACUGAUAUUUGGCUUACCCUAGAGAAGGAAUUCUUGACUAAAUCUAGAGCCAAGACACUUCAUGUUAAAAGCCUUUUACAAAACACAAAAAAGGAUAACAUGAGUAUACAUGAUUACUUUCUAAAAAUGAAGAGCUAUGCUAAGAAUUUAUCAUCAAGUGGAGUGGUGAUUACUGAUCCAGAGUUGUUGAAUUAUAUCCUAGAUGGUCUUGAUUCAAAGUAUGACGCUACUAUUAUUAAUAUAACAACUAGACUUGAAUCUAAGGUUGAUAUGAUAUCUAUCCAGGAAGCUCAGAUUGUCUUACAAAAACUUGAACUUAGAUUGGAAAAAGCACAUACCGUAAUGAACACCAUGAUUCAUAAUGAGUUUCAUAGUAGUUCAGCUAAUGUUCCUAGCAUUUCAGUGGAUAAUGAGAACAAGAAACUGCAAUCUGAUCAGUCAUCAUAA